GUUACUGUUGGUAAUGUGAUAGGACCUAGGGCUUGUCAUUCGGCAGUAUUGAAUCCGGAUGGAUAUGUAGUUAUAUAUGGUGGUGCUGAAAAUAAUAAGGUACCAGAACCAUUGUUAGCUACGUUGGAUACAAGUAUAAAUGGUCCAGUAAAUCAAAUAUCGGUAAUAGUCCGUCCGCCAGCGCAUACAUGCCAUAGCUCAUCAAUAUAUAUGAUUACGGAAUUUGUCCCCUUCCCGGUUAAAAAAGUAGACUUACAAGAAUAUAUCAAACAUAAUGUUAAAAAAGCUAUAAAACCUGAUUCUUUGAAACAAUAUUUAGGUCAUAUAAAAACUCAUAAUAUUGCUAUCGGUGGUGGUUGGAAUUUUCUUGAAUUCGAACCGAUCAUAGAAGAAGGUUUACGUAGACUAAAUGAGGAUAAAAUUCUGACUUCGGACGAAGCUCAUGAUGACGCAAAUAACACUAUAGAUGAAACUUUUCUUCCUGUUGAGCCUCAUACUGACACAAAUGAACAAUCUACCGGCUAUGAUUUGAGUACCAAUUCUCUCUCACAACUUGAGCAAUAUCUUUCUCUUUAUGAAUCUGUGGCUUCUACCCCUUAUGAUUUACAGCAAGAUCCUUUACAAGCAUGGUUGGAUCUUGAUCAGCUUGCUCACUUUCAAGAGGACCAAGCUUUUUACAAUAAUGCAAUUUUAACACAACCAAUGAAUCUCCAAUCUGAGCAUUUCUCUGACGAUAUCCAGGACUCAGAAUUAGAACUAGAAAAUAUAAUCCAAGUAUUUCAAAGGUUUAAUAGCCGCAUUGAGAAUAAGAUGGAAUCUAGAAAAUUAGAUGGAGAAAAGGGACAGACUGAAGGAUUUUUGGUAUCAAUUUAUUUCUCGUCAGAAAAUUGA